AUGGGAUCAGUGUUAAAUAAGCAGUAUGGAAGCGGGGCAAGCAGAGGUGGAGAAGAAUCCGGGAAGCUGCCGGAGCAGGCAGAGGAGGAAUCCCAGGUUUUGCACGGAACUGGCCACUGUAAGUGGUUCAAUGUGCGUAUGGGAUUUGGAUUCAUCUCCAUGAUAAGCCGAGAGGGGAGCCCCUUGGAUAUUCCAGUGGAUGUGUUUGUACACCAAAGCAAGCUAGUCAUGGAAGGAUUUAGAAGCCUGAAAGAAGGAGAACCAGUGGAAUUCACAUUUAAAAAAUCUUCCAAAGGCCUUGAAUCAAUACGGGUAACAGGACCUGGUGGGACCCCCUGUUUAGGAAGUGAAAGAAGACCCAAAGGGAAGACACUACAAAAAAGAAAACCAAAGGGAGAUAGAUGCUACAACUGUGGUGGCCUUGAUCAUCAUGCAAAGGAAUGUAGUCUACCUCCUCAGCCAAAGAAGUGCCAUUACUGUCAGAGUAUCAUGCACAUGGUAGCAAACUGCCCACAUAAAACUGUUGCACAGCUGCCUGCCGGUUCUCAGGGAAGACAGGAAGCAGAAUCCCAGCCGUGCACUUCAGCCUCCCCCAGAGACGUGGGAGGGGGACAUGGCUGCACUUCACCACUGCUUCCUCAGGAGGCCAGGUCAGAGGUCUCAGAAUGGUCAGGCAGGUCACCUCAAGAAGUUUCCUCCACGAAGGCAUCUGCAGCUCCAGAAGAACAAAACAAAAAGGGGCCUUCUGUUCAAAAAAGAAAAAAGACAUAGUUCUUAUUAAUGUAUUGUUUUCCCUACCUGGUUGGGAAUUCUACCUCAUGCAAGUACAGGAAAAC